AUGUAUCAAAAGCUCUUGGACCAACAAUGGGCGCAAAUCGGGGAAGCAAAGCAAGGAGAAAAGAAGAAGAUCGCGGCAAUUAUGAUUCACCCGGUGUGUGUGCAGCUGAUUCAGGAGUUCGCCGUUAUGUCCGGCGACUUAAAAACUGACUUGGCAUCUCUCUUCAAAGUUCCCAAAGCACCUCAAGCACGUUCUUUGGAGUCAUCGUCAUCAUCAUCACAAAUUGUCACUUCUAGUCAAAGCAUCAAAGAUCUCAAGGACAGUUACCAGAGAGCAAACCAGUCACUUGUACUCAAAGUUCAUCGACUUGAGGCGGAGCUGGCUCGUAGUCGAAAAUGCAUUGAGGAGCUUCGCACUGAAAAUGCAUCAUUAAAACGAAAACUGUACGAUGUUGAGCGUUUGGAAGGAAAUGAAAGGAUUGAAAUGCUUGUGGAGCAGCGGAUCAAGAGCAAAAUGGAUCAUCUCAAUCACAUUGGCUCAAGAACUAUAUCACAUCUAGAAAGUGCUGCUUUGAACCUGCGGAAGUCAUUUGAGGAGUUUGGGGUGCAUAUAAAUAGUACUUCCAACCAGGCAAAUGAAAAUGUUGCCCGCACCAAACGCAGCUCUUUAUUUACUGACGGCCAACCACGUCUAAACGGUGUAGUUGAGUCUCCACCCCUGGUCAAAGAAGCUUCUGUACAGAAAGACGAAAAUUCUUUACCGCAAGAGAGCGAAACUCCCCGUGCAAAGUCAGCUCGGAGAAAGCCUCGCCGAAGUGAAUUGUUUCAGACAUAUCGUCCAGAAGAGAUUACUGAAACUCCCAGAAUUUCUAUUGAUACAACUGAAGCAGGCUCUAUUGAAGAUACACUUGAAGCUACUCCCGAAGCAAGUGCAACUCCUCGAGAGCGGCCUUAUUUCGAGACUCCUGCAGUACCGUUUAGUGAAUGCGACACGGUACGACGGAAACGAACAGCUACUCUGAAGAUCAAAUCUUUUGCGGAACCACGACUGAACAGCAAAUUACGCAGACCUGGCCGGAACGAUGAACCUCACCCAUUUGUCUCAUCUAUUUACUGA